AUGCAGACACGCUCUAAAACUCAAGUCGGCCAACCCGCACAACCGCCAAAACAGGCAGCAUAUGAACAGCCCUCGAACCCAGUCUCGCACAACCCACAGGAACAACGAGCACCAGCCGAGACAACACGUCACCAUGGCGACUCAAUCGCGGCUAUAACCCGUACCGCCAAAUCGAACCCGUCUGGCGACGAAGCCCGGGCUCGUCUCGACGAACAGCACAGACGACACGAGCAGGAAUUGCAGAGUGCGUCGGACGUUGAUCUGGAAUAUGGCGUUGAACAGCAACCAUCGGAGGGGCAUAUUGCAGAGGCAGUUCAAAAGAAAGGAAUGGGGGUUCAGCGGGCACAGGCUGGUGCCCAUGCUGGUCCGGUCGGGAGUGCAGGGGGUCCUGGCCACCCGGGGUUUGGCGAACAAGAGAGCUUAACGGCGAAUAUGGACCAGAAGAGGUUCGAGCACGAGACCUUACUCGGGGAGAGGGUUGGUCAUAGUCCCGCGGAGCCGGAUGGGGAAAUUGCGGAGAGAGAGGCCGUCAGACAGCAGAAGCUGGAGCGGGACGCGAACAUUGAUGUGGAGGGCGCUGUCAAGGAGGCGACUGGGGAUCCUGUUGUAGGUCACUGA